GUCACGUCAUACGUCACAUACGUCACGAGUAUUAUAAGAAUUUCUGGCUUGAUUUACAAAAUAAUAUACUACUUAUACAAGAAUUAGGACUUAACCAGAGUCUCAAAGCCGUGCGAGUAGAUAAACGAGAUGAGGAAGUGGAAGGUCAGCGUUGGUCGGUGAGCAAGAUGACGGAGUACGUGCCGGUAAGCGAGGGCGAGCAAGACGAGCCCAUUGAGCUGCCAACCGAAGAAGACGGCUCGCUGCUACUGUCGACCGUGGCAGCGCAGUUCGCAGGUGCCAGCGGCCUGAAGUACCGAGUGAACGGGAGACUACGCGGCGUACGCCUCGUCGACGAGCGCCUGUCACCACCGGCGGAGGGCUGGCCGGCCUACCGAUAUUGGUGUGCCUUCCCACGCGCGGAAUCGCCGCCGCCUCGACCACGAUGCUCCGAUCUUAUAGUUCUCGGCUUACCAUGGAAGACGACAGAAGAAGCUGUACGAGAUUACUUCUCCUCCUUUGGCGAUUUGCUGAUGGUUCAAGUAAAACGCGAUACGCGCACCGGACUAUCCAAAGGUUUUGGCUUCAUCAAAUUCGCCGAGUACGAAGCUCAACUGCGUGCAUUAGGCCGCCGACACAUGAUAGACGGGCGCUGGUGCGAUGUUCGCAUCCCGAACGGCAAGGACGGCUCGUCGACGGCUCAUCGAAAGGUAUUCGUCGGCCGUUGUACGGAGAAUAUUACAGCCGAAGAUCUCAGAGAGUACUUCGGCUCCUUUGGUCAAGUGACAGAUGUGUUUGUGCCGCGACCCUUUCGUGCAUUCAGCUUUGUGACGUUUCUUGACCCAGAAGUAGCAAGGUCCUUGUGUGGACAAGAUCAUAUUAUAAAAGGUGUGUCAGUAAACAUUUCAACAGCAUCACCAAAGCGCGAAAGGUCCACUACUGCAGCCAGUGGGCUCGGCUGGGGCCGUAUGCUUGGCUGGCCAGCUGAUGCAUGGCCACUCCCGGCACCCCAUCCCCUCGAGUCAAAGCCCUACCUCAAAUACGAGUAAACUGUGCCUCCUGUUCUCCACAAACCUACAUUGUUAAUAGCUUUCAAAUUUUAUAUGAAACAAAUUGUGUAAAUAAUAUAUUAUACCAAGUUA